UCGAUGUUCCUACUUUAGGGCAGCCUCGGAUAUCUCAAUACCGCCAUCCUGUUGUUGUAAAAUCGGCAUUUUUUUAUGUUCGAACAAGACGUACCUUUUCCAAAACCUGGAACGACAAGAUAAUACUUAAGAUCACGAAAUAGCAAGUAUAGGAAUAAGACUUUAAUUGCGACAUAUUUGGGACCAUUUUUUCGGGGCCUGGAUGCUUUCAGAGCUGACAUUUCAUCCGAAAAUAUUUUCUUAUCUUUGAACAUUUUACAUACAACCACCAAACCUUUAAUUCCUGCAGCAAUAGGUUUACGAAGAAACAUUGUAGCCUACCCCGUCUAAACGGCACCAGUUCUAGAACCAGAACCAGUUCCAGAACCAGUUCCAGAGCCAGUUCCAGAACCAGUUCCAGAGAUACAUCUCUUCAAUUUGGAUCAGUAAACAUGAUUGGACUGAAGUACAAUGUGUCUCUACCCAUGGCUGCAGGGGCCCUGUUAGUGGGCAUCCCCUACUCCAUCUCUCUCGUGGCCCAGUGGAUGUAUGGCUGGCCGAACAAGCCUGGCUAUAAAAAGUACAUUGAGGCGCUGAAGCCAAGGAGGAUAUACUGUCUGACUAGAGCUGUGCUGGAGAUGCUGAAAUACUUCCAGUACGGAAAACUCUACUUUCAGUGGAAGUCCUGGUACAAGAAUGUAGAAAACCACAAGCAUUAUGAAAAGGGCAUCACGUUUGGUCGUCGUAGCAACCGGCUGGACUUGUACUAUUCCCCCACGGUGGCCCAGCCAGGCAGUGGACCGGUGCCCGUGGUAGUGUUUAUAUACGGGGGAGGCUGGGGUUCAGGGGAGAGGUCCAUAUACUGUCUACUGGCCAUGCAGAUGGCUAAGGAGCUCAGCGCAACGGUGAUCUGCCCGGACUAUUGCACCUACCCGAAGGGUAAUGUUUUGUGUAUGGUUCAAGAUAUCGCUGACUGUCUCGUUUGGGCGAGGGAGAACGGCCAUAAGUUCAACUUCGACAAAGAUAACAUGGUGUUAGUCGGACACUCCGCUGGGGCUCACCUAGCAGCGCUGACCGUGCUGUUCAUGGUCGAGGGACGAGACGAGCUCUUUAUAGAAGCCAAGAAGCAGACAGAGAUCACCAUGGCAAUCAGAGGAGUUACAGGUUUGAGUGGAGUGUACAACAUAAUGGACCACUACGAGCAUGAACAGAUGAGAGCUGUGGAGUAUGUCUCUACGAUGCACAAAGCCAUGAACGGACUAGAGAACUUCCCUUAUUAUUCACCCACACACCGACUGAAGGAAUUCAGCGAGGAGCAACUGAAAAGAGUGCCACCUUUCUGCUUGCUGCACGGAACGAGUGACAUCAUAGUUCCGGUGGCAUCUUCCCAGAGGUUCUCUGAGCUGCUCACCUCCCUUUCGAUCAAGGUGUCCCUGUACCUCAUGCCUAAAAUGGACCACACCGAGAUUGUCACCGAUCUCAUGGCGACAGACAGGCACUUCUACAACACGGUGUACAGCUGCAUCAAACAGGAGUACAGCAAGUUCAUAGGUCAGGUCUGUCACUGCUGAGCGUUCUUCUAGACCGGUCUUCUACACAACAAGGAAACUAACUUAACUUCCAUACAUUAUCCAUUCAUUCAUUCAUGAUGUGCCGCAAUUCUUCGUUUACAUCUUUUUCAGUGCAUUAUUAUGAUACCUUGAACUUACAGGAUUGAACCUUUUUUGACUUAAAAACAUUUAGCAGUUUUAUCGCUCUGUUUUAAUCUCAGUAAUGAUUCCUCUUCUCCCUCUGGUGUUUUACUGUGUGAUUGAUGAUAGUUCCUGCUAUCGUAAACAGACUGAAUGAUUUUUCUGAUAGUACCCUGAUCGUAAACAGACUAAAUGAUUUUUCUGAUAGUUCCCUGAUCGUAAACAGACUAAAUGAUUUUUCUGAUAGUUCCCUGAUCGUAAACAGACUAAAUGAUAUUUUAAUAUAAUAGCUGCUGGAUCUGAUGAAGGAGAGAUAUCAGGCAAACUAAACAUGCAUUUGACAUAUUUGACCUACAGUAAGUCUGGUGUAUGAGAAUAUUGGUUUAUCUAGGAUGCCUGUGAGCUAUCCUAGAGGGCCCAGUAUACAGUAUAUCCAGACUCAGCCUUUAUAGAAAUAUCGUUAUUUGACGUAGCCAUGAUUUCCAAUGGGAGUCGUACCGUCAACGUCCACCGUCAACGUCCCAUCCAUUUUCAUGGACAGAAAAGUUUCAGAUGAGUUUUGAUGAACUUUUUGAUUGGUCGAUGGAGACGUUGGCCAAUCAGACACACUCUGCACGGACCAAAAUGAAUCCCUUCUAAUUCUGUUUCCGUUCUCCACGGAUCAGUUAGGCCACGCCCUUAUAUAGCCAGUAUUAUGUGUACCAUGUGGAACCCUAAAUGGCACCCUAUUCCCUACAUGGUCCACUACAUUUGACCAGAGUCCUAUGGGCAGUGCACUACAUAGGGAACAGGGUACGGUUGGGACAGAGACUGAUAGCAGUUCUAUUGUAUAUUGUCUACUGAUAAUCUGUUGCAUUAAUAUGGUCAACCCAGGGCACAUUACCUUGUUUAUGGUCAACCCAGGGCACAUUACCUUGUUUAUGGUCAACCCAGGGCACAUUACCUUGUUUAUGGUCAACCCAGGGCACAUUACCUUGUUUAUGGUCAACCCAGGGCACAUUACCUUGUUUAUGGUCAACCCAGGGCACAUUACCUUGUUUAUGGUCAACCCAGGGCACAUUACCUGGUUUAUGGUCAACCCUGGGCACAUUACCUUGUUUAUGGUCAACCCAGGGCACAUUACCUUGUUUAUGGUCAACCCAGGGCACAUUACCUGGUUUAUGGUCAACCCUGGGCACAUUACCUUGUUUAUGGUCUACCCAGGGCACAUUACCUUGUUUAUGGUCAACCCAGGGCACAUUACCUUGUUUAUGGUCAACCCAGGGCACAUUACCUUGUUUAUGGUCAACCAAUAGAACAUUACAUUAUUGUAAGGGAUUUCCUUCUUCCGAAGAGGAGAGGCGAAAAGGAUCAGAGGACCAAUAUGCGGCGUGGUAAGUGUCCAUGGUUCCUUUUAAUACGUAAAUGAACACAUGAACAACUGAAUACAAAAACAAGAAACAUGAAAACCCCAAACAGUCCUAUCUGGUGCAGGUACAGAGACAGGAACAAUCACCCACAAACACACAGUGAAACCCAGGCUACCUAAGUAUGAUUCUCAAUCAGAGACAACUAAUGACACCUGCCUCUGAUUGAGAACCAUACUAGGCCGAAACAUAGAAAUACCCAAAUCAUAGAAAAACAAACAUAGACUGCCCACCCCAACUCACGCCCUGACCAUACUAAAUAAAGACAAAACAAACAUAGACUGCCCACCCUACCUCACGCCCUGACCAUACUAAAUAAAGACAAAACAAACAGACUGCCCACCCAACUCACGCCCUGACCAUACUAAAUAAAGACAAAACAAACAUAGACUGCCCACCCUACCUCACGCCCUGACCAUACUAAAUAAUGACAAAACAAACAGACUGCCCACCCAACUCACGCCCUGACCAUACUAAAUAAUGACAAAACAAACAGACUGCCCACCCAACUCACGCCCUGACCAUACUAAAUAAAGACAAAACAAACAGACUGCCCACCCCAACUCAUGCCCUGACCAUACUAAAUAAUGACAAAACAAACAGACUGCCCACCCAACUCACGCCCUGACCAUACUAAAUAAUGACAAAACAAACAGACUGCCCACCCAACUCACGCCCUGACCAUACUAAAUAAUGACAAAACAAACAGACUGCCCACCCCAACUCACGCCCUGACCAUACUAAAUAAAGACAAAACAAACGGACUGCCCACCCAACUCACGCCCUGACCACACUACAUAAAGACAAAACAAACAGACUGCCCACCCAACUCACGCCCUGACCACACUACAUAAAGACAAAACAAACAGACUGCCCACCCAACUCACGCCCUGAUCACACUACAUAAAGACAAAACAAACAGACUGCCCACCCAACUCACGCCCUGACCAUACUAAAUAAUGACAAAACAAACAGACUGCCCACCCAACUCAUGCCCUGACCAUACUAAAUAAUGACAAAACAAACAGACUGCCCACCCAACUCACGCCCUGACCAUACUAAAUAAAGACAAAACAAACAGACUGCCCACCCAACUCACGCCCUGACCAUACUAAAUAAUGACAAAACAAACAGACUGCCCACCCAACUCACGCCCUGACCAUACUAAAUAAUGACAAAACAAACAGACUGCCCACCCAACUCACGCCCUGACCAUACUAAAUAAAGACAAAACAAACAGACUGCCCACCCCAACUCACGCCCUGACCAUACUAAAUAAUGACAAAACAAACAGACUGCCCACCCAACUCACGCCCUGACCAUACUACAUAAAGACAAAACAAAGGAAAUAAAGGUCAGAACGUGACAAUUAUCUUGUUUAUGGUCAACCCAGGAGAAACAGUACAUUAUCUUGUUUAAUUAAAUGUUAGGACAUCAACUAUAUAGUACAUCUGAUUAAAUGCAUUCGGUACAUUGUUCUACAGCAUUGGGGUCAACUUCAUUUCAAUUCAGGAAGUAAACCAUUCAAAAGGAUUGAUGGAGGAAAUUGGAAUUUCAGGGUUUCACUUCCUGGAUUGACCCAAAACCUUGUUACUGUAUUUAACAUGUUCAAUAUCUGCUGUUAAUAGUUAUGCAUUUUGGUUCAAUAAAAUUAUUAACAAGUGUAAAA